CACUCCUCUUCGUCCACACCCUUCUUGACCAAACCAUGUCGGACGAGGAUGUGGCGUGUCGGUACCUGUUCCGGGUGGUCAUUGUGGGUGACUCGGGCGUGGGCAAGUCGAACUUGCUGACCAGGUUCACCUCUGCGGCAUUCUCGCAUGACACAAAGUCGACCAUCGGUGUCGACUUCUCAGACAAGACGCUGACGGUGCAGGGCGAAAAGGUCAAGGCACAGAUCUGGGACACCGCCGGGCAGGAGCGCUACCGCGGCAUCACGCAACACUACUAUCGCGGCGCCACCGGCGCGCUUGUGGUCUACGACAUCUCGUCUGCAGACUCGUUUGACAACGCCGAGUUCUGGCUUAAGGAGGUCCGCAAGCACUCGUCACAGGAGAUUGUCAUUCUCCUGGUCGGCAACAAGUCGGAUCUCGAGGAGCGCCGCGAGGUCGAGACCGCUGAAGCCCAGGCCUUUGCCGAGGAGCACCAGGUCUCGUUCCUCGAGACCUCGGCCCUCGACAACAACAACGUUUCGGAGGCCUUUACCAUGUGCAUCGAGGAGAUCUACCGACGAAAGGUUGCCGCCGGCGCCUCGUCGUCAGACUCGGACGAUGACGACGACACCCCUGCACCUGCAAAAUCCAAGCUCGAGCCGUCGCAGACCAUCAAGGUCACCUCUACCGCACCCGACGAGCAGGCCCAAGCUCAGGAGAAGCAGUGCAAGUGCUGA